UCUUUCUAAGUCGGGAACUGUCCACCACCGGUGCCGAUUUCGAAUUCUGUUUUGAUGUUUAUUCGUGCACAGCACUCUCAAUCGGCGCUCGGACUUAAAACAAAUACGAAUAAUGUAAAGUUUGUGUUACAUAUAAUUGUCCAUUCAUUUUCCCCACCAUACCAGUAAUUGUGCGAAAUUUUCGGCACAACAACAAUUUCAAGUCAAGACGAAUCUCUGCCACUUUUCGAAGGCACCGAAUCUCCCAUACAAUCGCAGCACGGACGCACACACUCCCAUAUAGCAACGUACGUGUGUAGUAUUUGUAUGGCACAUGCACAAAAAACUGGUGUAUGUUUGAUUUAUAACUAAAGUGAGAUUAAGUUCGAAAUCUCGGUGGUAUAAAGAUGGCGUCCAACAGCCCAUCGAAGAAAAAAUCCUCUGGUAUGCGCGUAUUGUGGAUACCAGGCAGAAAAUCUCACCAUCCCAAGGGCCGCUAUAGCACCACCAGUAAGCACGUCUCGUACUCGGGUCCGCAAAAGAAAAGCGAGGUGUGGUCCUUGGGAGGCAGCAAGGCACAGACCGAGCUGAUUGACUUCCCAAUGUCCGAGGGUCUAGCUACACCGUCAUCGUCUCUGAGCAUUGUGGCCACUUGCUCGUUAGUUCAAAGCGUGAAACUCGAUCAUCACACUUCCUCUGAUGAUUUAGUCGGACUAUCAGAGACUGCCACGUUGCCCGCUUCGCCAGGAGCUGAAGAUACUCCGCCACACAGUCCACUCUCUGAGGCACCAUCAACGCCGUCCACAAAAGCCAUGACCUCUCCCAAUGUUAUAACAACAGCAGAAGUGCAGAAUUUGCAGCACAACUUUGUGUGUCCCGAAGACAUGCCCAAGGUGCCAGGGCAUGUGGCAGCAACAGCCGAGGCAGAACUGGCACUUAACAGCUCGGCAGGCACGACAGCUUCGAUAGCAACGACAUCCUCGCCACAGGCAAACCGGAAGGCAGAACCCCAGCAAAUGCCAGCAAUAACAUCGCACUCGCAGGAAGCCUCACCCCAAAAGACCAAAUAUAAGAAUCACAAUAACAAUCAGGAGGAUAUCAAUUCAAUUGAGAGCCUCUCCAGUUUUCCACGCUUUCAGGGAAAUGCCGCUGAAUUUGAUUGGAUCGACGAGAUGGUGCAGCAACGGAACUGCAACGAACUGAUGCACAAGAACAAGCGCAAAAAGGGCUCGAAAAAGGCCAUCGAGAGUCUCGAAAAGGACCAAUUGGAUGGCAAAUCCUACGAUUACAAGACCAAGGACAAUAUUGAUAAUAAUGAUGGUGAUGAAAAGAUGGUCACAUGCCUCUACUACUCGCUCAUGUGCUGCGACUGUACUAUAUCAUAAUCGAAUGAGAGCGUUUAAGUCUCUCCAGCUACAUAUAUCCAUGUAAAAUACCUCUUUAAACCUACCUAUGUAUAAAAUAUGUUCGUUUUUUGAUACGAUACCUUUUAGUAGUAUAAUAAUCCUCGAAAAGAACCCGACCCCAAAAUGAAGACACGACAGACAUUUAGCAUAAAACAAAAUUCAAAUCCGUACGCCCUCAGUAGCUACAGACAGAAGAAUAACUGAAGUAUUAACGAAUUUAUAAUGAUUUACAUGGAAGGUUAUACUAUAAUUUACAAAACAAAAACAACCACAAAACAAAAAUAACAUUCAAAUUAACGUCCGUACUCUAUAAAAGAAUACGAGUUAGUCUGUCAGAAAACAAUCUCGUUUUGUAUGUACAUUAUUAAAGCUAUUUUGUACUUUUGUAAACAAGGUAUUUUCUACAAAAUACACCAUAAAAUAAAUACAAAA